AUGCGCUACGUCGCCUCCUACUUGCUGGCCGCCCUCGGGGGCAAUUCCUCCCCCAGCGCCAAGGACAUCAAGAAGAUUCUGGACAGCGUGGGCAUCGAGGCCGACGAUGACCGGCUUAACAAGGUCAUCAGUGAGCUGAACGGGAAAAACAUCGAAGACGUGAUUGCUCAGGGUAUUGGCAAGCUUGCCAGCAUGCCUGCUGGUGGCGCUGUGGCUGUCUCCGCUGCUCCAGGCUCAGCAGCUCCUGCUGCCGGUUCUGCCCCAGCUGCGGCAGAAGACAAGAAAGAGGAGAAGAAGGAGGAGUCUGAAGAGUCGGAGGACGACAUGGGCUUUGGCUUGUUUGAUUAA